AGAGAACUGCCACUCUCCUUCGCUCGAUCCCCCACCUCCCCACUCGCGCUCGCGAUAGGGUUACAGGGCCGCCGCCGCCGCGCCGCCCGACAGCCCGCCCCUCCCGCUCGCUUCGAGGCCCGCAGCCGUUGCUCCGCCCCGGCCACUCCUUCGGCCCGCCUGCUCGCCUCGAGGCCCUCAGCCGCUGCCCCGCCCCGACGCCGCCUCGCCGGAGUUUGCUCGGGCCGUCGCCUAGGCUGAGCUCUCAUCUCCUCUCCGUCUUCUCUGUUCUGUUCUGUUCUGGGUGCAGCUCUAUUCCUUCUUUUAAUACAGAUAAUAUUAUCUUGUACCAUGGCUAGUGCGGAGGAUGUGAAGCAGCGGCAGGUUGUUGAAGACCGUGCAAGAAAUAUUAGCCACAAUGUACGGUGCACUGAGUGUGGCAGCCAGUCCAUUGAAGAUUCGCAAGCAGAUGUUGCAGUUCUCCUUAGAAGGUUAAUUCGUGAUGAAAUAAAAUCUGGAAAGAGUGAUAAGGAGAUAUACAAAAAACUAGAAGAAGACUUUGGAGAAACAGUUCUAUAUGCCCCUAAAUUUGAUCUUCAAACUGCUGCCAUAUGGUUAUCACCGGUGAUUGUGAUUUCUCGGGUAGGCAGUCGAGAGCCUGAUACAUUAAAUCCUGUGCAGGUGAUUGUGGGCGGCGUAGCAGCUGGUGUGUGGGCUUACCAAAAGCACAGGCAAAGGACCAACGUUCACAUCAUGGCUCUGAACCUCGUCCGAGGGGUUCCCCUGACUCCAAGGGAGAAGGAGACGAUGAUCGACAUCCUCACGCCGCCCCUGCCGGCAAGGAGGUGGUGGUGGCCUAUCAAAUGAUGUUCUUUCAUGUCCUUAGACGCGACAUUGAGUGGGUACCAAUUUCCUGAGGUACAAAUGUUCAGGAUGGCUGGAAUUUUAGCACGUGAUUUCGUUGCACAUCUCGCGCCCUGCUUGGAGCUUGGGCUACAGAUUUUUUUUCUGGGUUUUAUAACCGGAUGCUUGCGAUACCUUGGUGGUUUGUGAAGCAUGAACCUAGCUAGCAGCACAUGUUGCCUUCCUCCGUAUGCUGGCUGUGAAGCUGAAAAACAGCCUCCUGUUAAGUGUAGUUUCUUCCCUAAACAUGUGGUGUCACUGCUGACCCUCUGUGCUAGCAGUCUAGCACACAAGUAGAGCAUUUUGUUCUCAGAAUAAGCUGCAAAUUUUAAUUGAA